GUCCAUUUUCUUCAGCCGUUCUUCACUCACUCACUCACUCACUCCAAGGAGAAGCUGUCGGAGCGGAGGGCGCAGCAGCAGCUCCCUGCCCGCACACCCGCCGCGCCGCGCCUUAGAGCGCGUCCCCACACACGGAGAGAGGAUCACGGCAGAAGCGCCGGAGGAGCUGCGAUAUCCAGGACGCUUCCAGGUUGCCGCGCCCCAUUGAAAACGGGACGCGACCGACUCGUGCUGUUUGCUUGGAUGCUAUGCGCUUCAUAAACAGAGACGCGUGUGUUGGUGAAUUAAUAGCGCUUGUUGAGGAAAACGCCUUACUGGCACUUUGCUGAGAAGAGGAAAGCAAAGCUCUAGUGAGGAUUUCAUUUGCAUUGACCACAGGGGUGGUGCACUGGAGUGGAUAUAACUCGAGAAAAUGAUGUAUUUUACGCAAAGUAAAUGAUCAUUCGUGCAUGAACUUUUCCUCUGACAAUGUGAAUCAAGGAAAAUACGAUGCAUAUUGGAGUGAUUUUUCAGCACAUUGGCUCAUUGAAGAUGCAGGUGCUGCUUUUAAGAACGAUAUUUCUCAUCGCUGGGUGUCCACAUGUUAUGCUGCAUGGAGAAAACCAUUAUGCACACACCAAAGCAACUAGCAACAUUGCUCUAAGGAGUUCUCAUGAUCCAAAACUCAAUCCUGUGAGACAUCAAGCCACAGGUACACCUGCCUUUGACGGCAAGCACACUUCAGAGGACAACAGUAACCUGUCCUCGCAUCUGUGGAUUUUGGAAAGCAAAGGUAAACAUGGAUACAGACAUCUCUUGUCAAACAGAACACAUGGGGUCAGGGAGAAUGGCAUGAAUCUGCACAAGCGCUUGCGGCGACAUAAAAGGAAAAAGUUAAAUGGUGAGGUGCCAGCUACCAUGGGAACGGUAAGUGGAUACAAUAGCUCCAAACCGAAUUCAAUGAGCAAGAGAGGGGACCACGAGAGAAACCACAGACGCAAAAGAGGCACAAAGGAACACCACAAGAAAACAUUUAAGAGCGUGAAAAGGGGCCCAAAUAAAGGCGGUGGCCAUUUGGUACCACCCGAAACUUAUUAUAGUGCCCUGACAUCGUCUUUAACCCUUUGGGAACCAAUGCCAAAGCCUUUGGCUCUCACCUCCACAGAUUUUCCCUUUGAUCUCACCAGACAUACUGAAUUUCAAACCAAACAGGUAGAUGACCCUUGGGAUGCAACGCCAAUGACACCUCCAUAUGCAGAGGAUGAGGAGAGUGCAUUUUUCCCCAACCCUUUUUACCCCGUUACUAGCGAGACUUAUGGGGCGUAUGCAAUCGCUAUAGUUGCAGUCCUUAUUUUCGUUGUUGGAAUAACAGGAAACAUUGCAAUAAUGUGCGUUGUGUGCCAUAAUUACUACAUGAGGAGCAUCUCAAAUGCUCUUCUGGCCAACCUCGCCAUUUGGGACUUGGCGCUGAUACUGUCUUGCCUGCCUCUCGUGGUUUUUCACGAACUGACUAAGACCUGGCUGUUGGGCCACUUCACCUGUAAAGUUAUACCGUAUAUUGAGGUGGCCUCCCUAGGUGUCACCACAUUCACCCUGUGCGCACUCUGCAUCGACCGUUACCGUGCUGCCACCAACGUGCAGAUGUACUAUGAGAUGAUUGAGAACUGCACGUCCACCGCUGCCAAGUUGGCGGUCAUUUGGAUCGGUGCCUUACUUCUCGCUCUGCCCGAGCUCCUGAUCCGCCAGCUGGUGUCGGAAAAUGGCGAAGGCACAGUAGACGACCCUGCAUCGGAACGCUGCCUGAUUCGCAUCUCAACUUCCCUUCCCGACACGCUUUAUGUGCUGGGCCUGACCUACGAGGGCGCUCGUCUGUGGUGGUGCUUCGGUUGCUACUUCUGCCUGCCAACGCUUUUCACCAUCGGCAGCUCGGUCGCAACAGCCCACCGAAUACGUCGUGCUGAGCGGGACUGCGCUAGAGGCAACAAAAAGCAAAUCCGAUUGGAAAGCCAAAUGAACUGCACCGUAGUGGCACUCGCGAUCGUCUACGGUGCAUGCGUGGUUCCUGAGAACGUGUGCAACAUGGUUUCCGCAUACAUGGCGGCAGGAGUUCCGCAGAGCACUAUGGCGUUGUUGCACCUUCUCAGCCAACUGCUGCUUUUCCUGCGGGCGGCCGUUACGCCAGUGCUGCUGCUCUGCCUCUGCAGGCCGUUCGGUCGUGCCUUCCUGGAAUGCUGCUGCUGCUGUUGUGUGGACAUGUGCGGAAUUGCAGCCCACUCUUCGGCCACAGCGAGCGACGACAACGAGCACGAGUGCACCACCGAACUUGAGCUGUCGCCAUUUAGCACUAUACGGCGAGAAAUGUCAAACUACACCGCGACUGGAUCGCACUGCUGAGUUUGCACUAUUUGUAUGCUUGUUUGCGUGCAUUUUAGUGCCAACAUUGUCACACCUUGUUCUGUGAAAGCAGUCUUGCCUGUGUAAAUACUUGUACCACAACUGAUAUGUUGCUCUUUUGUAGAAAAUAAUGUAGACUGAAAAUUAUUAAAUAACUUUUUUGCACAAUAGUCUUUAAUAUAUAUACAGUGUGUGUAUAUAUAUAUAUAUAUAUAUA